CACACUCCAUACCAGUUGGAGGCGGUAAUGCACAGCUUCAGUUUUUUCCAACCGCAAAUAAACCUCAGAAGAAGAAGAUACCGCGCAUGACCCACGUGACUUCCGCCUUCAGGUUCUUUCCAUAGAGGUCUAUAGGAGAGUCGCCUCACUCUCUAUUGUAACGCCCUGAGUUCUCCGUCUGAUGAAAAAUAAAGUAACGUUGCUUCGCUGAGUUUGGAUGAAAGAGCUGUAACUGUUUAGGAACCGUUAAAGGAUCGUUAGAAGAGAAACUAACAACAGAGAUGUGGAGGCAGCAGCUCAAACGGUGGCAGAGUGCAGCAGAGGGAGAGAUUUCUAAGACGGCGACAAAAGACAAAGAAUAUAAGCUGAGUCACGACAUCAUGGAUGCUGGUUUCAACCCCAGAGUUGUGCUGCACAGAUUAGAUGUUAAGCAGAUCCUGAUGGUUGAAGAAGCUCCUCUAGACCACAGACCUUGUGAUGACCUGCAUGACCCAAAGCCCCCACACAUAAAGGAGGAACAGGAGGAAGUCUGCACCAGUCUGGGAGGAGAGCAGCUCAAUGGGAAAGAGGAGUUUAAUCCCAUCAGGUUUCCAGUGAAUGCUACUCCCAUAAAGAGUGAGGAUGAUAAACAGUCCCUACUGCUCUCACAGAUUUAUCAAGACAAAGUUAAAGGCAGAGAGCUUCCAGAAGAGAACGAUGGAGGAGAAGAAUCCAUCCGGUUACAACAUCAUGAAGAUGGUUCCAUUUCUCCACAAACUGAAGACACUAAGGAUGAAGAGGAUGAUGAUGUAGAGCACCACAGAGAAGAGAAACCUUUCUGUUGUGAUCUUUGUGGACAAAGAUUUAGCCAGAAAUCAAGUUUAAACAGACACACUCGAAUCCACACAGGACAGAAACCUUUCUGUUGUGAUCUUUGUGGACAAAGAUUCAGUCAUAAAGGAUAUUUAAACAGUCACAUUAGAAUCCACACAGGACAGAAACCUUUCUGUUGUGAUCUUUGUGGACAAAGAUUUAGGCAUAAAAGAAAUUUAAACAGUCACACUCAAAUCCACACAGGACAGAAACCUUUCUGUUGUGAUCUUUGUGGACAAAGAUUUAGCCAGAAAUCAAGUUUAAACAGACACACUCGAAUCCACACAGGACAGAAACCUUUCUGUUGUGAACUUUGUGGACAAAGAUUCAGUCAUAAAGGAUAUUUAAACAGUCACAUUAGAAUCCACACAGGACAGAAACCUUUCUGCUGUGAUCUUUGUGGACAAAGAUUUAGCCAGAAAUCAAGUUUAAACAAACACAUUAGAAUCCACACAGGACAGAAACCUUUCUGUUGUGAUCUUUGUGGACAAAGAUUUAGGUAUAAAUUGAAUUUAAACAAUCACAUAAGAAUCCACACAGGACAGAAACCUUUCUGCUGUGAUUUUUGUGGACAAAGAUUUAGCCUAAAAGCCUAUUUAAACAAACACAUUAUAAUCCACACAGGAGAGAAAUCUUUCUGUUGUGAUCUUUGUGGACAAAGAUUUACACACAAAUCAAGUUUAAACAGACAUAUGAGAAUCCACAUUAAAGGGAAAAUGGCUUAGCUAUAAAUACUCGCUCAAGCUGCACGGCUGUUUGGUGAGACAUUUCGAUGUCAUUAGAGGCAACAGUCUUCAAAUGGCUUCAAUGUUUCUCUGGGGGUUAAUUUAUAUAUUUUUUAUGUCUUUACUUGUAUAACUGGAAUUUCUUUGCCAGGUAAGUUUUAUUCACUAUAUUUAGUCUUUUGUUUAGAUGGAGCUGUAGCACAGGUGUGUUUUCAUGGUAUGUAAAUAGUUUUACGGUUUUAGAUACAGAAUCAGGGCACCUUGCUGUCAUUAGGUCGACCAUGAACUCCUCUGUAUACCAGAGUAUCUUUGAGUCAAGGUUAAUCAGCUGAAGCUUGGAUCAAAGUGGAUCAUCAGUAGGAUAAUAAUCCCAAACAAAGCAGCAAAUGUAAAAAGGAUCGACUUAUAAAAAGACCAAAUCCUGACUGAAAUUCUAGGUUCUAACCAGAGCUGUGCAAAAUUGAUGUCGGCAAACCUCAAUGAAACGAGUCAAUGGUGAAAAGAGGGCCAAGAUCAUUUUUUUCUGUGUCUGAAUCCCCCAGUCAAUUACAGCUCAUAGGUGUUUCUUCCUCAUGUCAACACAUCCUUGCUCAGUAUGAAGGACUGCUGCAAAGUCAAUGUCUUUAUGCAGUUAGCUGGGCUUUCUUAACCUUUUAACCUGACGGACCCACCAUUGGGUUCGGUUGAGACACAGAAGAGAAAAUGACCGGUUUAAAGGUUCUGGACCACAUUUGAUGGAUCGGUGAUGGAUCAGUGAUUGAUGUUUACAAUCACCCCGACCCUCCUCCUCCAGAACAAAGAGGCUCCAUCUUUGUUCAAAGAGGCAGUUUAUAUUGGACUGACUAAAGGCUUGUUUGAUUCAGAAUUGGUCACUAUCCACUUUGCUGGACGAGUUUGUGUCACAAACAAGGAAUUUGAUUUGGGUUUCCAAAAUCACAACAUAUAAAAAACAUUUAGAGAGAUAAAAAUAAGGACAAGGAGCAGAAUGUACAAGUGUGUGUGUGUGUGUGUGGGCUGGUAUGCAGCCCAUCAUAAUUUUUAUAUAUGUCUAUAUAAAUAAUAAUAGGGAAGGUUGUGAGUGCUGUAUCCUUAGUUGUUUUCAGCUCAGUACUGAAUGUUUUUCAUUGAUAGUUAUUUUCUGUGAAUUUGUAUGCAUUGUUUUUUAUUGAAUAUUCUUUAUUGCACAUUGGUGUACAUCGUUUGUCAUGGAUUAUUCUUUUUUUCAAUAAAAAAGGACAAUUUA